AUGGGCUCAAAAGUGGCAGGAAAAAAGAAGACUCAAAAUGAAAAUAAAGGUGACAACAGCAAUCGUUCACAACAACAAGCAAAUAGUAGUAUCAAUAAUCCUUUGAAGGGAAAAGUCAAGGUGUCAGAUUACGACUAUCUUGAGGUUAUUCAAUUAGAACAUGCUGUAACUAAAUUAGUUGAAUCUUACAACAAAAUAAUCGAACUUUCACCAAAUCUGGUAACUUAUUAUGAGGCUGUAAACAAUCAAGAUAAAGUUCCAGUCCAGAUACUUCCUUCUCUAUCACGCUAUCAACUAAAACUGGCCGCUGAGUUGAAAACACUGCACGAUCUUAAAAAAGACCCCAUUUUGAAAGAAAUUAGCGGUUAUGAGAAUGAAUUCGAUAGUGAACAAAAGCAACCAAUAUUACGAGAAAUCAGCAAACCCGAUAUAGAAAAGUUAGAAAAGUUGGAACAAAUCAGGAGGGAAAAGAGAGACACAGCUGACGUAAAUGUAUAUGAAAAUUUAAAUACGAGGGAAGAAGAUGAAGAAGAGGAUGAAGGUGAGGACAGCUAUGAUCCAACAAAGGCUGGUGAUGUCAUUAAGGCCGCUAAAUGGCCUCCGAAAUUGCCAGAGAUCCAAGAUUUAGCGAUCAGAGCUAGGGUUUUCAUUCACAAAUCCACCAUCAAAGAUAAAGUGUACUUGUCUGGCUCGGAAAUGAUCAACGCUCAUAACGAAAGGCUAGAAUUCUUGGGCGAUUCGAUCUUGAAUUCUGUCAUGACGUUGAUUAUUUAUAACAAGUUUCCAGAUUACAGUGAAGGCCAAUUAUCAACUCUAAGGAUGAAUUUAGUAAGCAACGAACAGAUCAAACAAUGGUCAAUAAUGUAUAACUUCCAUGAGAAACUGAAGACAAAUUUUGAUUUGAAGGAUGAGAACUCCAAUUUCCAAAAUGGUAAAUUGAAAUUAUAUGCGGAUGUGUUUGAAGCCUACAUUGGCGGUUUGAUGGAAGAUGAUCCAAGGAAUAAUUUACCCAAAAUAAGAAAGUGGUUAAGAAAACUGGCAAAGCCUGUGAUCGAGGAGGCCACUCAUAGUCAAGUUGCCUUAGAGAAGACUGACAAACUUGAUAUGAAUGCCAAACGGCAGUUAUACUCUUUGAUUGGUUAUGCAUCAUUACGUCUACAUUAUGUUACGGUAAAGAAACCAACUGCUGUUGAUCCUAAUUCUAUAGUCGAGUGUAGGGUUGGUGAUGGUACCGUUUUAGGUACAGGUGUAGGCAGAAAUAUUAAAAUUGCUGGUAUCAGGGCUGCAGAAAAUGCACUUCGUGACAAAAAAAUGUUAGAUUUUUACGCGAAGCAAAGAGCUGCCAUUCCUAGGAGUGAAUCUGUGCUAAAGGAUCCUUCACACAAAAAUAAAAAACGAAGGAUAUCAGAUACAAGCUGA